GGCUGGUGAAGAGAGAGAGAGACACCGGUGAGAGGCAGACCGCUGCAAAGGAGUCUCAGGAAGUAGGAGGAGGAGGAAGAGUGACAGACAUACUCCUGUGUCUAAGCCAGCCAUACAAAAAGUUAUUUCUCAACAGAUCCAGACCUCUGCUGAUUAGAAAUACCGCUGCUGGACUUUGUUUAUCAGUGUUUUUAAUUGCUUAACGUUGGAAAAUCCUCUUUCUGAUAAAAGCCCCAGCUGUCUGCGGUUAGGAUGAGCUCCCAGGUCCUGGGCGUGUUGUGUCUGCUGUGCUGCUGUGAAGCAGCUCUGCUGGACAGACGGCUCCCCAGAGCCAUUUUAGCCGGUGCACAGAACCUGACCUCCGCUACUAACAACUCAGCAGAGACCCCCUGCAGGGGCGUCCCCCUGGACUUCGCCUUCGUCAUCGACAGCUCCCGCAGCAUCCGGCCCCGGGACUACGAGAAGGUCAAGGCCUUCAUCCUGGACCUGCUGCAGUUCCUGGAGGUGGGGCCCGACGCCACACGCGUGGCCCUGCUGCAGUACGGCAGCGUGGUGCAGAGCGAGUUCCCCCUCAACGCCCACGCCUCCCGGGCCGAGGUGGAGCGGGCGGUGCGGGCCAUGCAGCACCUGGCCUCGGGCACCAUGACGGGACUGGCCCUGCAGUACACCAUGGACACCGUGUUCACCGAGGAGCAGGGGGCGCGGCCCGCCGGCCUACUCAUCCCCCGCAUCGCCAUGGUGGUGACCGACGGCCGGCCCCAGGACACCGUGGAGGCGGUGGCGGCCGAGGCCAGGCGGGCGGGCGUUCAGAUCUUCGCCAUCGGCGUGGGCCGCGUGGACAUGAAGACGCUGCAGGCCAUCGGGAGCCAGCCGCACUCUGAGCACGUGUACCUGGUGGCUAACUUUAGCCGGAUACAGACCUUGAACGCCGUGUUCCAGUCCAAGCUGUGCGGAGGCUCAGACAUGUGUGAGAUGACGGAUCACCAAUGCCAGCACAUCUGUGUGAGCUCCCCGGCCUCCUACAGAUGCAAGUGCAGGUUGGGCUACACACUGAACACAGACGGAAAGACGUGCAUAGCCGCGUUCUGUGCUGUGACCGACCACGGCUGUGCACAUAUCUGUGCUGAUCUGGCGGCCAGAUACGAAUGCCGCUGUCGCCCGGGCUUCCAGCUCAACACAGACCUGAGGACAUGCAGCCGAACAGACUAUUGUGAUCUGGGUAACCAUGGAUGUGAGCAGGACUGUGUCAGCACGCCAGAGUCCUACAUCUGCCGGUGUAAGAAGGGUUACAUUCUUAGACUGGACGGCAAGACCUGCAGCAAGGUGGACCACUGUGGUGAUGGUAAACACGGCUGCGAACACGAGGCUGUCAACAUGGAGGACUCCUGUGUGUGUAAAUGCAGAGACGGAUUCAGACUCAGACCGAACGGGAAGUCCUGUAAGAGGACAGAUCCCUGCGCCGCUGGUCCACACGCCUGUGAGCAGGAGCACCUCAGCACAGGGGACUCCUGCGUGUGUCGAUGUAGGAAAGGUUAUGUUCUCCGACCAGAUGGCAAGACGUGCAAGAAGGUGGACCACUGUGCUGAUGGUAAACAUGGCUGUGAACAGGAGGCUGUUAACAUGGAGAACGCUUGCGUGUGUAAAUGCAGAGAUGGAUUCACACUUGCACCGGAUGGGAAGUCGUGUAACAAGACAGAGUGCGGGAACGCUGUCAUGGACCUGGUCUUCAUCAUCGACGGCUCCAAGAGCCUGGGGCCCAUCAACUUCGAGCUGGUCAAGGGCUUCGUCAACGCGGUGCUGGACUCCCUGGACGUGUCCAGGAACGGGACGCGCGUGGGCCUGCUGCAGUAUUCCACCAAGGUGCGCACCGAGUUCACGCUGGGCCGGUACGCCAGCGCCGGGGACGUGAAGGAGGCGGUGUCCCGCGUGCAGUACAUGGGCGGGGGCUCCAUGACGGGCAUGGCCCUGCGCCACAUGUUCCAGACCAGCUUCACCGCCAAGGAGGGCGCUCGGCUGGGGGUCCGGCGCGCCACCAUCGUCCUCACGGACGGACGGUCCCAGGACGACGUGGUGGAGUGGGCCAACAAGGCCAAGAACGCCGGAGUAACCAUGUAUGCUCUGGGUGUGGGCAAAGCCAUUGAAGAGGAGCUCAAGCAGAUUGCCUCUGAACCAGAGGCGACGCAUGUUUUUUAUGCUGAGAACUUUGAUCAAAUGGGAGAAAUCACAAACCGCUUGAAGUCUGGGAUAUGUCAAGACAAGCCAUCGUAUGCAGACCCGUGCCAGUGUGACAAUGUGGUGAUGUUCCAGAUGCAGGCCACAGAGAAAAUGAUAAUGCUGACACAGGACAUUGAAGCCAUGACACUCAGGCUGGAGAAUCUGGAGCGCCAACUUCGGCACAAGUGAAACUACUCAUCGUUGUUCUCCGGCACAAUGGAUUCCUCGACACCAUCGUACCACUUAACCAAUCAGAAUGACAAUCCUUCUGUCUCUUCUAUUUAAACUGUAUGUCUUUUUGUGUUUUUAAUAAACCCAAGACAAUUCUUUAAUUCAUCAAUUUGCAAACUACAGUUUUUAAGUUAGCCUGGGAACCGGCUGCAUCUGUGACCUUAUGCUUUAUUUGCUCUAGCAUAUGGUCGCCCUCCCACUCAUUUCUAGCAGACCUUACCGGGGUCGGGCCAAUCACAACCGUUUAUCUAAUAUGGGGCGUGUUUGAUAUGUUGACAGUACAGAGGAGCGCCCUAUGGGAGCGCCGUUGAGGCAUUUUCAUAAACAACCAAGAUGGAUGCCGCUGAUGUGUCACUGCUCUGAUUGGUUGAGGGUCUAUCCAAUGCAUCCAGAGCCGUUCUGGUCUGCGCCCCCGAUUAGGCCACUUGGAAAUCUGGAAUUAACUAUGAGAUCCCAGGCUUAAUCGCAUUUGAAAAUUGAUCUGGCGACGCCAGGCUAUAUUAUAAUGGUACAUAUUUUACAUUUAAAGUAUUUAUGUAAAAUGAGAACAGCUGUUGUCUGUACUUUGUAUAUAAAAAUAAAUGCAUUUUUUAUCACUGUU